GUAGCGUCUAUGGGUGGUGUUUGUACGCGUCUGCUUCAACUCCCAGCCUGACAGAAUUUUUUUUUUUUUUUUUUUUUUUUUUUUUUUUGUGUGUAACCACGCCUACACAGUGGCUGCCAAGGCUUACCCAUGAGUUAAACCUUCUUUAGUUGGAAAUGAGGAAGGCGUGGUCUCUAGCAGUGGACACCCGAAGGCAGCAGUGGGUGAAAACAAGCAAAAUUAAGAAAAGUUUGGCUGUGAGAAGGUGCUAGACAGCCAGCCAUAGUGACAAGGAGGCACCACCACCAUCACCACCACAGGGAAGGUGGUAACGCUCUUGGCGGGAGCGGCGGCGGCGACGGUAGCUGCGGCGGCGCAGGGCGGCAAUGUGUUGAUGUUGGUGGCUGACGAUGCGGGGCUGGAGCUAACGGCUUACGGUAACAAGGCGUGUCGCACGCCGCACCUGGACGCCCUGGCCCACCGCUCUACGAUCUUCUCCCGCGCCUUCACCUCCGUCAGCAGCUGCUCCCCGUCCCGCGCCGCGCUGCUCACAGGGUUGCCCUCGCACCAGAACGGCAUGUACGGCCUGCAUCAGGGCGUGCACCACUUCUCUUCCUUCGACGGCGUGCGCAGCCUGCCCGGCAUCCUGGCGGCGCGCGGCCUACGCACGGGCAUCGUGGGCAAAAAGCACGUGGGGCCCGAGGGCGUGUUCCCCUUCGAGUUCGCCCACACGGAGGAGACGGAGAGCGUGCUACAGGUGGGCCGCAACAUCACCCGCGUGCGCCAACUGGUGCGCCGCUUCCUGGCCACUCCUGACCCGCGCCCCUUCUUCCUGUACGUGGGUUUUCAUGACCCACACCGCUGCGGCCACACGCACCCCCAGUACGGCGCCUUCUGCGAGCGCUUCGGGGACGGUACGCCGGGCAUGGGCAUCAUCCCAGACUGGACGCCCGAGCAGUACCGCCCCGAGGACGUGGCGGUGCCCUUCUUCAUCCAGGACACACCCGCGGCGAGGCGCGACCUGGCGGCGCAGUACCGCACCAUCUCGCGCCUGGACCAGGGCGUGGGAGUGGUGAUGGCGGAAUUGGCCCGCGCGGGGCGCCUCAACGACACCCUCGUCAUCUACACCUCGGACAACGGCGUGCCCUUCGCGGGGGGCCGCACCAACCUGUACGACCCUGGGGUGGUGGAGCCCCUGCUGGUAUCCUCGCCGCGCCACCCAGCCUCCUGGGGCGUUACGUCCCCCGCCUUGGCUUCCCUACUGGACCUAACGCCCACCGUGCUGGCCUGGUUGGGCGUGCCCUAUCCCCACUACUCCAUCUGGCGGCACGGCGACCCCGUUACGUUAACAGGCCGCUCCUUGCUGCCCUUAAUGACGCUGCGCGGCAAGCCUGACGGCGCCCGGCAGGAGCGGCGCGCGGCACGGCGCGGGGGCGGCGCGGCGGUUUUCGCCAGCCACCAGACGCACGAGGCCACUAUGCACUACCCCAUGCGCGGCGUGCGCACGGCGGCCUUCAAGCUGAUCCACAACCUGUACUACCGCAUGCCCUUCCCCGUGGACCAGGACUUGUACCUGGCGCCCGCCUUCCAGGACAUCCUUAACCGCACCCGCGAUGGACACCCACUGCCCUGGCUCACUUCCUUGGACCAGUACUACCACCGCCCGCGCUGGCAACUGUACGACCUGCGCCGCGACCCGCACGAACAGCGCAAUGUGGCGGGCAAGAAGCGCUACGGCGCGGCACUCGCCACGCUGCGCGCCAGACUGCGCGCUUGGCAGGACGCCACGCAGGACCCUUGGCGCUGUGGCCCCGGGGCGGUGCUGGAGGACAUGGGCGCCUUCCACCAACACCCUACCUGCCUGCCGCUCUACAACGGCCUGUAACGCGCCAGGCCCUGCCCAUGCCGCUGCCACACCGCUCCCCACCAGGCACCCCGCACCCUGAGACAGCAGUGACUCACCAGGCAUCCCGCACCCUAAGACAGCAAGUGACUCACCAGGCACACCGCACCCUGGGACAGCAGUGACUCACCAGGCAUCCCGCACCCUGGGAGAGCAGUGACUCACCAGGCACCCCGUACCCUAAGACAGCAGUGACUCACCAGGCACCCCGCACCCUAAGACAGCAGAGACUCACCAGGCACCCCGCACCCUGAGGCACCAGUGACUCACCAGGCACCGCGCACCCUGGGGCAGCAGUGACUCACCAGACAUCCCGCACCUUAGGGCAGUAGUGAUUCAUCAGGCACCCCGCACCCUGGGGCAGCAGUGAACUCCCUGCACGCCACCACCGCUCCCCACCAGGCGCCAGUACCCAGGGCCCCCUCGGUGUGAACAGUCGCCCUGGACCCCGCCACAGGUACACACACCAGCACCGCCAAACACUUCCUUCACUCACUCUUCAUAAAGUUCACUUUUCUCUCUCAAAAUAACAAACUGAAAAAAUGCAAUUCAUUAAUAAAAAGGGAAACAGACAA